AUGUCUACGGGUGAUCUUAGAGCGUGGCUUAAGGCAGCAGCUGAAAAUAAGAUUACUACAAAGAAUACAUGGAAGGCAACGCUGAUAGAUCACUUCACGAAUAUAGAUGAGUUCAAAGAGCGGCAUGGAAUUAACUUCCAGAAGGCAGGUUGUGCUCUUGAUGGAUGUGCUAAGGUCUAUUCAACACGAGUGGAUGAUGUAUCUGAGAGUGCAAUGAGGCUUCUCGAGGGAUUUGGAGGAGAUGAUGCAUUAAAGAAGCGUCAUUCAAAGAAGCAAUCUAAAGUGACGAUUGAAAAAAACAUAGGGAAUCUGAAUGUGAAGAUUUCAAGGACAAAGUACGGCAUUGAUCCUAAAUCUGUGUAUCUUUCAUCUCUACCAGAAAAUUCGAUGAUGCUGAGCAAUUUGGGUGUUUCUAUGGAUGGAGUUUUGAGGAUGGGAUCACAUGUAGAUGAAAGCAAAUAUAUGAUGUUAAUAGAGGAUAUUGGAGUAUAUGUGAAUUUACCACCUGAUGGGAUGUUGAUAUCACCAAGUAUCACCACUGAUAAUGAUGUCAAAGCAGCUACUUUUGAAUCUACUGUAAUUGCGAUGCCUGACUGUGAAGAUUCUGUAGGAUUUGAUGAUCUGCUUGAAUUUGAGAAUAUUCCUGUGAUUAUUAGCAGCCAGAAACCUGUAUUUAACGAGACAUCGUUUUCAUAUUUCAAAGGAUGGGCAGGACCAGGAUGCUGGAAGGUAAAUGCCAGGAUGAAUGGAAGAAAAGGCAAGAAAGAAGGAUGCAAUAAGCAGAAGGAAACAGUUUGUGUGGAUUUUACAGAACCAGUGGACAGUGAUUGGGUUAUGGAACCAGGAAACACGUUGUUUGAGCCUGCAUGUAUAGUUGAACGUAGAGAAAAGCAGCACCUACUACCUCAGGAUUACAGCCUGAAAACACGAGAUUUAUACAAAUACAUUGUGAUGGAUGGAAUGUUUUGCAUGAGUGCAGAUGAAGAACUAAGAGCAGUGAAUAGAUCGUUUGAUUGCUCAUUUGCACAGAACGUACUAGAAGAGCCGAUGGAUGAAGCAAUUGAUGUUAAUAUGCAAAGUGAGGUAGAUAUUAAACGACUGAUUGAAAAAGAAGGAGGAAUAGAACAAAGUAGGUAUCCAUUUAGAAAAGCAGCAAAAAGAGUUGAUAUUAAGAAACUCAAGGACAACGUAUUUGGAUGCAUGAAAAGCAAAGGAUGCAUUGGCCUUGCAUCAAUAUUCAAAGGAGUGUACAGCAUGUAUAAUGAUAGUGAGUGCAAGGACAUUUCAGUGCACUUGUGUUUUCUAUCUCUUCUUCACCUUGCAAAUGAAAGGAAUGUUUGUCUCAAGAGUGUGAAUGAUGAUGUAGAGGCGUGUAUACCUGUCUGA